AUGCCCACUCUGGAACCGUCCGCCACCACGACCGAAUCCACGACCGCCGGCGUGCGGAGACGUGCAGUCCAGGUCCGGAAAGCUCGAUCAGACGAUGCGGCGGCCAUCGCAGCCCUCGGGGCUCACGUCUUCAGCGCCACCUUCGGCCACUCGGUCUCACCCGACGAGCUGCAGGCGUACCUGGACAAGGACUACGCGACGGCGUCCAUCGCGGCGGACCUCGAGGACCCGCACAAAGACACGCUGGUCGGCGUCGACGAAAACGACAGGCUGGUCGGCUUCGCACUCCUCACGCGGAACUCGGUCGAGCCGUGCGUCGAGUCGCUCGAGAGCACGGUCGAGCUGCAGCGGAUUUACGUCGACACGGCUGCGCAUGGGAAGGGGGUGGGCGGUUUGCUGGCGAGGGCGGUGGAGAAGCUGGCGAGGGAGCAGGGGUUUCGCAACAUGUGGCUGGGGGUGUGGGAGGAGAAUGCUGUGGCGCAGAAGGCGUAUGAGAAGUGGGGUUACAAGAAGGUUGGAACGCACGACUUCGUCGUCGGCACGGUGGUGCAGACGGACUGGAUCAUGGCAAAGGCGCUGUAG